UUACGACUUACGAAUUGCGCGUGCAAGGGGGGGGGGUGUUAUAACCUCAACUCUUCGAUUUUCAAAAUGGCGUAUGCCCGUUUCGAGAGAUAGGCGGAAAGCUCGCGCGUCGUUAUCGUGUUAAGUUCCCUCUUGAGCUUUCAUCGUUUUAUAUCGUGAGCACGAUUAUCCCGUUCACGCGAAAUUUCCGCUAAUGUAGUUAUAGACGUAGAGUGUAGAAAAUUUUCUUUUCUCUCUUUCGUAUAUUUUUUUUUUCUUUCAUUUCUUGAUGGAAAUCCCGACGGAAAUUUUCCUCGCGGCGUUCUCCGUGAUAUUCAGUCUACUAAUAGUAUUCCUCCUUGUUGUGAUGGGUUGGUACUUAGUCUGGACGUUCUUCCUAUCGCGAUUCCGCUUUGUAAGAGAAUUGACUGGGAAAGGAAUGAGCGAAUCGUCGUCCGUUAACGAUUUGAAGAACGGUCGCUCACGUAUUAAGAAACUUCGCCGUGAUUAAUUGGACAAUAUUAAAGCUAUCACAUUUAUAUGAACGACUGCAUAAGACAAAACAUAUCUGACUAAGAUGUCUGUAAAUAUACGUUGUGCAACUACAGAAGACUUAUUAAAUAUACAGCAUUGUAAUUUGCAAUGCUUACCUGAAAAUUACCAGAUGAAGUACUAUCUGUACCACGCUCUUUCCUGGCCGCAGCUAAGUUAUGUGGCUGAAGAUGAGAAAGGAAGAAUAGUAGGAUACGUGCUCGCCAAGAUGGAGGAGGAUUGCGAAGACAAUCCCCAUGGACAUAUUACCAGUUUGGCAGUGAAACGCUCUCAUAGAAGAUUGGGAAUCGCACAGAAAUUGAUGAAUCAGGCGUCUAGAGCGAUGGUGGAAUGUUUUGGAGCGAAGUACGUUUCAUUGCACGUUCGCAGAAGUAAUCGUGCAGCUCUCAACUUAUACACAAGUAGUUUGCAAUUUGAAGUGUCUGAGGUAGAGCCGAAAUACUACGCGGACGGUGAAGAUGCUUAUGCAAUGAAGCGAGAUCUCACUAGCUUUCACCAUGAAAAGGCUCUUAGAGACAGAGCACAUAAGGAGGGCAAUGUUCAUACACAUCUUGGCAGAUGUUGUGGUGAUCACUCUUAGGUCUGUCCAUCACUGUUGCUGUCAAAACCAGAAACUACUUGUUGAGGUUUGCACAAUAGAGGGAGAUUGGACUUUGGGGCUGUUUUAUCUGUCAAUUGACAGUUUAUAUUGCAUAGAUAUAUAUUGUAUGUGAGUUUCGUUCACACAUCAAAAUGUAAUAAAAAUUAAUAAAUUGUAACAUAAAGAAUAAAGGAGUUUCUGAAAUAACUGUCUUAUUUUUCACAAUCUUUUUUUUUUUUCUCUUUGAGACUUUAUUGUAUGAACGAAACUAUAAUGUACAAAUAAUGCGCCAAUAUGCAAAAUUAAUCUUUCAGGGCAUUAUUAAGAUGUUAUUGAAAAAAAGAACAGUAGGAAAAAAAUAUUUUACAAUUCUGAGAACAUGUGGACUCAGUUUACGCACUUUUGACUUACAUUACAAUCGAGUUUUAUAUGAAUACGUUUCUCGAUAGAUAUUUUCUUUUUCAAAUACUUCUUGAUUAUUUCAGCAUAUUUUGGCUUAAAAAUUAUUUUUGACAUUGCACGAUAUUCAAACAUGUUUAUUCCACUAUUGCAUCUCGGACAUACUAUUGCGCACGUGUGUGUGUGUAUACAUACUCCGUUUUUGUAAUAGGAAUAGUUAUGUAUAUAUAUAAUAUAUAAUAUGUAUAAAUAUAUAUCUAUGUAUAUAUACAAAUAAGGUGUUCUUAACGUAACAUAAUCAAUUAUUUAGUUCAUAACGCAUCUCGGCUUUGCAUUGAACGGCACGAAGAAAUCUUCAAUGAUAAAACGCAGGAAUCGUCCUCGCGCGUACUAUAUUAUACUACCGAAAGCAUGAUUCAUUAUGAUAAACCGAGUUUUCGAUGUGUAGUAAAUUCCUCUAAAACGAUAUCACGUACGCUAUAUCGAGAGUUUCUUUCUUUUUUUCCAAUUUUUUCAUCUCAAUCUUAGAAUAAUCGCUCUCGAUAUGUAGCUUGUAGUAUAGUAAGUAUUUCUUAUGUUUAUAAUAACAUGAAAUACCGUUGUGUGUAUAUAUAUGUUUAACGAAUGUAUGAUCGCAAGAAUAGUAUACAAUUACUACGAAAGGAUUAUCCAGGUACAAUGUACAAAAGGGAAAUUAGAGGGAAAUGACGAAUUGUGUUUUCAUUGGCGAAAAUAAAACAACAUUCGUCAGCUUGCA